AUGAAGUGGACCACUUCAAAGGGAAAAGUCGUCGCUUCUAAGCUCGAGAUUUUUACCGAAGUUAAGGACUUCUACGGUAAAUUAUAUACAUCAGUAGCGCCUCGUCCUCAACCCGAUCCUGGGGAUCCUAGAGCUACUUUAGCCCCCUUCACAGAAGAGCUGCCAGAAGUAAGCCAAGACAAAAUCGCGAUGGUUUUGGGGCAGCUUAAAAAUGGAAAAUCCCUCGGGGAAGAUGGAAUUACGACGGAGCUACUAAAGGCAGCUGGAAAACCUUUACUAGCACGGCUCCAAAGAAUAUUUAAUUCUUAUUUUCGGGGAGAACUCCAAAGGCAUAUAGCAACGACAAUAUCGUUAUGUUCUUCAAAAAAGGAGACAAAACCUUUUUGA